AUGGACGUGGGUCAGAUGCAGAGACAGUGGAUCGACUACACCAAAUCCCUUUUCCUCGAGGGGUUCCUGGAUGGUCAGUUUCUGCAACUUCAGCAGCUUCAAGAUGAGAACAACCCUGACUUUGUCGUCGAAGUCGUCUCUCUCUUUUUCGAAGAUUCUGAAAGGCUUCUCAAAGAUCUCACCUUUGCCCUAAAUCAGAAUGGUGUUGACUUCAAAAAAGUUGAUGCUCAUGUUCACCAGCUAAAGGGUAGCAGUUCAAGCAUAGGCGCACAAAGGGUGAAAAAUGCCUGCAUUGCUUUCCGCAACUUCUGUGAGGAGCAGAACACUGAUGCGUGCCUCAGAUGUCUGCAACAAGUGAAGCAAGAGUACUGCCUUGUCAAGAAUAAGCUUGAAACGUUGUUCGGGCUUGAGCAACAGAUUGUGGCAGCUGGUGGGUCAAUCCCUACGGAACUGAGUUUCAGUGGGUGA